AUGACCACUGCAGGUGUUUUUGUGUUCCUCUCCUUUGUGCUUUGCUGCUUCCCAGAUGCUGCUUUUGGGGUUGAGGUGGACUGCAGUCAGUAUUCCAACACUACAAAUGAGGAAGGCAAAGAGGUGUUUGUCUGCGACAACACGCUCAGCCCUGUCUGUGGUACCGAUGGAGUCACCUACAGCAACGAGUGCCUGCUCUGUGCCUACAGCCUAGAAUAUGGAACCAAUGUCAGCAAAGACCAUGAUGGAAAAUGCAAGGAAGACAUUCCUGUGGACUGCAGCAGAUAUUCCAACACGACAAAUGAGGAAGGCAAAGUGAUAUUUCUCUGCAACAAAGCCCUCACCCCCGUCUGCGGUACCGAUGGGGUCACCUAUGACAACGAGUGCACGCUGUGUGCCCAUAACGCAAAGCCUGGAACCGCUGUUGGCAAGAAGUAUGAUGGUGAAUGCAAGAAGGAAAUUAUUACAGUUGACUGCAGUGACUACCCUAAACCUGUCUGCUUGCUUGACUACAUGCCUCUCUGUGGCUCUGAUGGCAAAACAUACCGCAAUAAGUGUAACUUCUGCAACGAAGCUGUGGAUAGCAAUGGGACUCUCAUUUUAAGCCAUUUUGGAAAAUGCUGAGCAUCGGUUCUGAGAGAAUUCACCACAGGAUCCCCACUGGCAAAUCCCAGCUAAAGAUCUCACCUUGGUUCAUCUUGCCCUCUGGGGAACUCAGCUCAUUCCUGAUUUUCUUUCUCAAUAAACUGAAUCAGCAA